UCAGGAGGUACCAUUUCCGGGCGGAGAGGGGGGAGAAAAAGAAAGCCAUGAAGGCUAGCCCAGUGCACUGUUACUGAGGGAGGAGGGCAGUCUGCGUGAGACCAUUGCUUUUGGAAACAAAUUGACCUCACUUCUGGAAUAGCAGAGACUUCCUGCAUUGUUUUGGAAUAUAAGAAUUCAAGGACUGGUUCAAGAGUCAGCCAGGGAAUCUGGGCUUUUGUCUCAGUUGGGAACUGAUGUUGAGGACGAGCUGACACACAGGAAUAGCCUUCUUUGCCAGACACAACAUGGAUGUGUGGUCCAGAAUAGCCGUGUGGAUUCUUUGCGGCUUCCUUCUGCAGCAAGGACAGGGGGAGAGGCCCCCAGGCACCCACCUGGACGAUGCCACGAUUGCAGAGUUCUGCCGCAUCGACCAGCCCUUGUGCCACAAUGAAGAUGAGCAGCUCAGCUUCGAAGCCGUCCGCAACAUCCACAAGCAGAUGGACGAUGAUGCCAAUGGCAACGUAGAUGUGGAGGAGAGUGACGAGUUCCUGAGGGAAGAUUUGAAUUACCACGACCCGACGGUCAAGCACAGCACUUUCCAUGGAGAGGAUAAGCUCAUUAGUGUUGAAGACCUUUGGAAGGCGUGGAAGUCGUCCGAAGUAUACAACUGGACCAUUGACGAGGUCGUGCAAUGGCUGAUCAACUAUGUGGAGCUGCCUCAAUAUGAAGACACCUUUAGGAAGCUGCAGCUCACGGGGCAUGCCAUGCCGAGAUUGGCUAUCACCAAUGCCACCAUGACAGGAACUGUCCUGAAGAUGACCGACCGGAGCCACAGGCAGAAACUGCAGCUGAAGGCCCUGGACACGGUGCUCUUCGGCCCUCCUCUUUUGACCCGUCAUAACCACUUGAAAGACUUCAUGCUGGUGGUGUCCAUUGUCAUUGGUGUGGGCGGCUGCUGGUUCGCUUACAUCCAGAACCGCUACUCGAAAGAGCACAUGAAGAAGAUGAUGAAGGACCUAGAAGGUCUCCACCGAGCCGAGCAGAGCCUCCACGACCUCCAGGAACGGCUACAGAAAGCCCAGGAGGAGCACCGCACUGUAGAGGUGGAGAAGGUCUCCCUGGAGAAGAGGCUGCAGGAUGAGAUCAGCAUCGCCAAGCAGGAAGCUCACCGGCUCCGGGAGCUGCGGGAAGGGACUGAGAACGAGCUCAGCAGGCAGAAAUAUGCUGAGCAGGAGCUGGAGCAGGUACGCCCUGGCCGGGAGCAGCCCUCAUGCCGGGUUCGCAUGGCGCUCAAGAAUGCCGAGAAGGAGCUGGAAUCGCACAGCAGCUGGGCAGCCCCAGACGCCCUGCAGAAGUGGCUGCAGCUCACCCACGAGGUGGAGGUGCAGUACUACAACAUCAAGAAGCAGAAUGCGGAGAAGCAGCUGCUCUUGGCCAAGGAGGGGGCUGAAAAAAUAAAGAAGAAGCGCAACACCCUGUUUGGAACAUUCCAUGUCGCCCACAGCUCAUCCCUUGAUGAUGUGGAUCAUAAAAUUUUAACUGCCAAGCAAGCUCUGAGUGAGGUGACGGCAGCCUUGCGAGAGCGGCUUCAUCGCUGGCAGCAGAUCGAGGUGCUGUGUGGCUUCCAGAUCGUCAACAAUCCAGGCCUCCACACGCUGGUGACGGCCCUCAACAUCGACCCCACCUGGAUCGGGGCCUCCGCGCGGCCCAACCCCUCUCACUUCAUCAUGACCGACGAUGUGGAUGACCUGGACGAGGAGAUCGUCUCUCCCAUGUCCAUGCAGUCGCCCUCCUUGCCGAGCAGCGUUCGCCAGCGCCUCGUGGACCCCCAGCAUUCCUUGGGAUCGCAGAGGUUGGUAGAGAGUCACCAGGCAGCCGGCCAGGGCGAGCCGGGGCCCCUGGUCCACUACCUGCCGGGCAGGGUGGCCCUGCGCCGGAUGCCCAGCCUCACCAGCAGCCAGUCCUUCAGCUCCGAUGUCCACGGCGCCACGGCCGGCGCCUCUCCUCCCUCCGCCGCCGGGCACCCGGGCACGCCGGCGCCUGCUUGCCACGCUCUGCCCAUCCUUUACCACCACACCACCUCCUCGUACAUCCUCCAGAUGGACGCCCUGCCCAACCUGCCCCCGCCCGACGUCACCUCCGGGACGCGCUGUCACGCCGAGAGCUAUGGAGACUUGUCCCGCUCCGAAUCGGACUCCUCCAUCCCGCACAUGAGCGACUCUCAGCGCUUCUGCAGCUCGGCGCCCUCCAAGCCGCCGCCGCCGCCGCCCUCCCGGCCGAGCCGGGCCGCGGAAGAGGCGCCGCCCGGCAGCUGCUCGUGGCACGCGGAGCCGCCGGCGGUGCCCGAGAGCCCCAUCCUGAUGAAGAAGGCGCUGCUGCUGAACCACGGGCUGGAGAAGGCGCCCAGCCUGGGCGAGAUCAGCCCGGCGGGGGCCCGGGCCGCCCCCUCCGACUCGUCGCGGUCGCACAGCCCCAGCUCCACCGAGCCCGACACGCCGUCGCCCACCUCCGAGUCGCGCGCGCACAACGGGGGCAAGAGCAACAGCCGCAUCCCGCACCUGGCCGCCAAGAAGAACGCGGCGGGCGGCGAGGACGACAGCGGCUCCACCGGCGAGGAGACCGACGCCGGCCCGGGCAAGAAGAAGUUCCCGCUCAAGAUCUUCAAGAAGCCCAAGAAGUAGAAGGGGCCGGGAGGCCGGGGCGCGCGCGCUGGGACGAGACCCGGCCCCCCCUCCGCCCAC